AUUCAUCAUCAUGGAAGACACAGAAACCUCAGCUCGGGUCUGCAGUGGAUGCCAAAAGGACUCCCAGUCAUUAUCAACCCCAUUACGACGAUGUUCAAAAUGCAUGGUAGUAGUUUCAUACUGCUCCAGAGAGUGUCAGAAGAAGGACUGGAAGGAGCACAAGACUGUGUGUAUUAAGGCUUCUGAUACCGAACCCUCGCAAGCAUCGAACCAAACGCAUCAAAUAUCUGCGAGCCCAAGUGCUGCCAGCACAAACGCAAAUACCUCCUCUUCUAACACUCCACCCUCUACAGAAUACCCUCCAAACCUCGAACCGCUGGCCUUCCCAACUCUCUUCCCGUAUGGAAGAGGUCAUUGGGGUGGUGUGAUGCCGCUCGACGACUAUAUCAGACUCCGUCUUCGAGAACCACGCUUCGUUCGUCAUGGUAUUUGGAUGGCUUGGAUGAUGUCACGGACCGAGAAUCUGGAUGUCAAAGCAGCUAUCACUGCCGCGUCUGGAGGUUGUGUUGUGGAAAACAUUGAAGGCGUGGUGGUACGGUCUGAAUAUUAGCUGGAUAGGAGGGACUGGGGACUGAAGGAGCAUACCUACGUGGAACCGAUGGGCUGAUAGUCACUCGCAAG